AUGGCUGAGGCUGGUAAAGGCUAUGUGAUAGUGCCGGAGUCACUUGUGAAGAAGCAGAAGAGGGCUGAGGAGUGGGCCCUUGCCAAGUCAAAAGAAGUUGAUGAGGCAAAGCAGAAGCAAGCCGUGACCAGAAAAUUGAUUUGCAAUAAAGCAAGAGAGUACGCAAAGGAGUAUGAGCAACAGGAGAAGGAGUUGAUCCAAUUGAAGCGUGAAGCUAGAUUGAAAGGUGGGUUUUACGUGAACCCAGAAGCCAAACUUUUGUUCAUCAUCAGGAUCCGUGGUAUUAAUGCUAUGCACCCAAGAACCAAGAAAAUUCUUCAGCUUCUGAGAUUGAGACAGAUCUUCAAUGGUGUCUUCUUGAAAGUAAACAAGGCCACAGUUAACAUGCUGCACAGGGUUGAGCCUUAUGUCACUUAUGGAUACCCCAACCUUAAGAGCGUGAAGGAGUUGAUCUACAAGCGUGGCUAUGGAAAAGUGAACAAGCAGAGGAUUGCUUUGACUGAUAAUUCAAUCAUUGAGCAGACUUUGGGCAAGCAUGGCAUUAUCUGCAUGGAGGAUCUUAUUCAUGAGAUUCUGACUGUGGGACCCCACUUCAAGGAGGCUAACAACUUCCUGUGGCCGUUCCAACUGAAGGCUCCUUUGGGUGGACUGAAGAAGAAGAGGAACCAUUAUGUUGAGGGUGGUGAUGCCGGUAAUCGGGAAGGAUACAUUAAUGAACUCAUCCGGAGGAUGAACUAA